AUGUUGUUCUUGUUGCAGUUGAGAACAUACUUGACCGGUGGCGGAAGAGAUUCAUUCGAGUUGAUGCUAAUGCAACAAUCUUGCUCUGGCCAGACAGCCUGUGGCCGACAGAUUAAACAAGGAGAGUCGACCUAUAAGUGCAAGCAGUGCCAAAAGAGCGAGCACAGCAUCUUGUGCAUCAACUGCUUUGAUCAGAGCAAGCACGUUGGGCACGAUGGCGUCACGGUUGUUGCUGCCGUCGCAGAUGGAGGCUGUUGUGACUGUGGCGACCCUGACCUCUGGGACACUGAUGGCUUCUGCAACGUGCACAACGCCUCGUUCAUCAAUCAGGAUAAUGACCUGCUCAGUCCUUUGGUGGCGCUGGGACAUGACCACAUCGCGCGAUGCCAACGACUCUUGGGCAUCAUACUCAGCCUCGUCCCCACUCUGCUCAUCCUGGCAACAAAUGACCAAUGCACAGACCAGCUGACCUCGAUCCUGGACAUGCUGGAGAAUCUGUCUCAGCUAACGUCCUUCAAGCACAUCAUCUGCAGCCUUAUGGUCAAGCAAGCCAAUGACACCGACGACACCCGUUUGGGCCAGAUCCUGACCCUGGCUCACGAUCAGGACAUAUCGACGCCAAUCUACAAAAAAGUGUACAUGUUGAUCAGGUCACUGGUGAUGGACAGACUGUGCAGGGUGGACUUUGCAAUAUGCUUCCUCGCUCAUUAUGACGUCGUGCUCGAUCGACUCCUCGCUGGCACUCACGAUCAAUUCGAGCACAAGUCCAUCCGAAUGCUUGCAAGUCAGCUCUAUCUGAUCCCCAGCGUGACAAAGCACCUGGUUGCCCAAGACCAUUUGGCCAACUUGUUUGAUUCCAUCAGCAAUGCAUCAUCGAAAUAUCUCAUCGCCAACAAGGCGCCGCUGACCUUCCAGAGCAAGCUGUCCAAGCCAGACCUUGAUGGUAUCGACAGGUUCUGGGCAACCAGCGACAUCCUUCUCAUCAUGUCAUGUGCGCCACUGUUCCGCGACAUGAUGAUCAACAGUCCAUCAAUGAUCAGGCCCCUCCUCCAAUUCAUGUCGUUGUUCCAUCUGAGCUGUCCGUUCAUCACGGGCAUCAUCAAUCACUUGGACCACAGGUCGUUCUACAUCAAGAAUCUUGCAAACAACUUUGUCAUGUUUGGACUGCUCAAGACACUGAUCCCCGCGACAGGCACUAUCGGCAGUGCAGAGGACAAGCAGGCACUAACCAACACGAUUGACAUGCUCAACACGGCCAGCAAACUAAUCAAGCAAUCAUCAACUGAUGGAGGAGUGUCGUUCAAUCUGCCCAUCCAUCGUUGUCUCACCCGAGCACUCUCCAUCGCGGUAUUAUACUACAGCGACCAACACAUUUUCUCAGAGAUGGCAUCAUCGUUCCUGUAUGUACCCCGCGCCAGUGAGCUCACCUGCUCUCGACGGCUAACUCUGCUCCCAUCACAAUGCAUGUAG